AUGCCUACCUACGCAAAUUUUUUGAAGGAUCUUCUAUCCAACAAGAGUAGGCUUGAAGAGAGUGCAACCAUCUCCCUUCCUAAAGAGGUGAGUGCAAUCAUUCAAAACAAGCUUCCCCAAAAGCUUGGUGACCCCGGUAGCUAUGCAAUACCGGUGAAGAUUGGAGAUUUGGAAGCUAUGGAUGCUUUGUGUGAUCUUGGGGAAAGUGUGAGCUUUAUGCCCUAUUCUAUUGCAAAGGGCUUGAAAGUUGGAGACUUGAAACCAACAAGAAUGUCCUUACAAUUAGCCGACCGCAUGGUUAGGCUACCUUUGGGGAUUCUUGAAGAUGUGCCGGUUCAAGUUGGAAGAGUAUUUGUGCCAUGUGAUUUUGUGGUAAUGGAGAUGGAAGAAGAUACAAGCUAG